GUCUGAGGAACAAAAGCGCUGAGGCCGCCGCCGGCGCCGGCCCAGCACCAGGUAAUGGGCGCGCCCCGCUCCCCCCGCCGCCGCCCCUGCCCCUGCCCCGGGGGCGGCCGCCGCUGAGGGAACCGCUGCAGUUCCGCCCGGCGAGACUUCUGAGUCACAGUAAACACCCGCGCGGCUCGGAGGCUGCAGGCUCUGAACUGCCUUCACCACUGCCGCCGUCCUCUGUCUAAUGCGCUACAAGGAUGAGCCCAGCAUUUGGAGCAAUGGAAGUGGAGCACUAUUCCAAGGGAGUCUUACUCGAGCCUUUUGUCCACCAAGUUGGAGGACACUCCUGUGUCCUCCGGUUUAACGACAAGACCAUCUGUAAACCUCUUAUUCAGCGAGAACACCAGUUCUAUGAGACUCUCCCGACGGAAAUGCGUAAAUUCACUCCACAAUACGAGGGUGUGGUAUCAGUGAGCUUUGAAGAGGAUGAAGAUGGAAACUUAUGUCUAAUAGCAUAUCCAUUAAAUGGGGACCACGAUAACUUAGAAAACUUAGAUAACUCUGACUGUGAGCCCAAAAGUAAACUCCUGCGGUGGACUAACAAAAAGACAGUGUUGUUAGAGAAUGAGAAGAUAUCGAAGGAGUGGGUCCGGCAGCACAGGAAAGAGGAAAAAAUGAAAAGUCACAAACUGGAGGAAGAAUUUGAGUGGCUGAAGAAAUCUGAAGUCUUGUAUUACACUGUAGAGAAAAAAGGAAAUGUCAGUUCUCAGUUUAAACACCACAAUCCUUGGAGCAUGAAAUGUCACCAGCAACAGUUACAGCGGAUGAAGGAAAACGCAAAGCACCGAAAUCAAUAUAAAUUCAUUCUGCUGGAGAACCUGACGUCUCGCUACGAGGUUCCGUGCGUGCUGGACCUGAAGAUGGGCACCCGGCAGCACGGCGACGACGCGUCCGAGGAGAAGAAGGCGAACCAGAUCCGCAAGUGCCAGCAGAGCACCUCGGCCGUGAUCGGCGUGCGCGUCUGUGGCAUGCAGGUCUACCAGGCAGGCACUGGCCAGCUGAUGUUCAUGAAUAAAUACCACGGAAGAAAACUCUCAGUCCAAGGAUUCAAAGAAGCACUUUACCAGUUCUUUCAUAACGGCAAAUACCUGCGCAGGGAACUCUUUGAGUCUGUUAUUAAAAAACUGACUGAACUCAAGUCUGUGCUGGAGAAACAGGAGUCCUAUCGCUUCUAUUCAAGCUCCUUGCUGAUCAUCUAUGAUGGAAAGGAGAGGCAGGAAGUUGCCGUUGACUCGGAUCCAGAGGACCUAGAGGACCUUUCAGAGGAAUCUUCAGAUGAGUCGGCAGGAGCCUAUGCCUACAAACCAACCGCCAGUACUGUCGAUGUCCGCAUGAUAGACUUUGCCCACACAACCUGCAAGUACUACGGAGAAGAUAGUGUGGUGCAUGAGGGCCAAGACACGGGUUACGUUUUUGGACUCCAGAAUUUAAUAGAUAUUAUUAAAGAAAUAAGAGACGAAAGUAGUGAAUAAACAGUGUGAAUGCACAUCAGUAGAAAGCACUAUUGUGACUCUUUGUAUUCCAAAAUUAUUGGCCACUUUCUGGUGGUAGGAAUCUUUACAGGCUCUGCAGGGAUAGUCCUGUCAGAGUCAGACUUGUUCAGAGGGCAUUUACUUACAUUGGUGCUGGACCUAGCACUGGCAAAACUUGGUAUCCUUAUUUAUUUUAACUUUCUUAAACAUUCCAUAUUUGAUUACUCAGAUACCUCUGUUAUCCCUGUGUGUAUAUGUUCCAAUAAAAUUCUUUUUGUUCGUUGUAA